ACAUGGGCCCAAAACGUUCAGCACCGCUUCCACAGUGAGGAGGGAGACCGUUUGGGAUCUGGACCGAACUGCACCAGGCGCGACGGUGAACAGCCGCCUCAGGGAUCCUGCAGCCUGCCCCUGGAGCGAUAACUCAGCCUGCAGGGGAUACCCCAACACAAAGAGGGGGUCUGGCAUCGCUCUAAAGGCACAGGGGGAUCUGCGUCCUCCCCCCCCCCGCCCCCCACACACAGAAAGAGUAACUCACCAGCAGUGACAGUGAAAGCCCACUGAAGCAUGGAUCUCCCAAAUUGCUGGCUUCUACUUGCCCUUCUCGUCGGGGUAAACGUCCUGUGUCAGGACUACGACGACGCCUACGAGAGCAACUAUUCCGAAAAUGAUGCCGAGGUACUUCUUCCCCCGCCUUUGGAAUACAUGGACAUUUACGCUCCGUACCCCCUGGGGUGUGCCCCCGAGUGCUUCUGCCCCCCCUCCUACCCGUACGCCAUGUACUGCAACAACCGCAAGCUGAGAGCCAUCCCCGCCAUUCCCCGCCACAUCCGCCACCUCUACAUCCAGUCCAACGACAUCGAGGCCCUGGCGGCCGAGCCCUUCGCCAACGCCACCUCCCUCACGGACAUCAACCUCAGCCACAACAGCCUCAAGUCCCCGCUGGUGGACCGCAAGGCGCUGGCCAAGCUCAAGAGCCUCCUGCACCUUCACCUGGACUACAACCAGCUGGAGGAGGUGCCCCCCUCUCUGCCCAAAACUCUCCAUCAGCUUUCCCUCGGCUUCAACAAGAUCUCCAAGCUGUCGGUUGACGCCAUGCAGGGCCUGGCCGGCAUCGCGGUGCUGGACCUCUGCAACAACCGGCUGACGGAUGCCGGCAUCAAGGGGAAGGUGCUCUCCGGCAUGAAGAGCCUGAUGCAGAUCAGCAUGUGUGGCAACAGGCUCAAGUCCAUGCCGUCCGAGCUGCCGGCCUCCCUGAUCCUGCUGUCCCUGGACAACAACUCCAUCUCCUCCAUCCCCGAGGGCUACUUCAAGAAAACGCCCAACCUCCUGUCCCUGAGGAUGUCCUACAACAAACUGAAGGCCGUCCCCUACAAGGUGUUCAACCUGUCCAGCCUGACGGAGCUGAACCUGGGCCACAACCAGCUGUCCAGAGCCUUCUACGUCCCCAGAGCCCUGCAGCACCUGUACCUUAAUGACAAUGAGUUUCUAAAUCUGAAUGUCUCACUUAUGUGUUCUUCUCUGGACCAAGACAACCCCAACCUACUGACCUACAUUCGCAUCGACAACAACAGGCUGAAGAGAGCGAUUGACUACUACAUCUACGCGUGCUUCCCUCGCAUCCAAACCAUUUUCUACGGAGAGCAGAAGGCUGAGAAGAAACCACCCCCCACCACCAAAAAAGGACCACCCCCACCAAAAAAGGCCAGUCCCCGGCUAAAGGGAGACAAGGAAAACAAUGACGGAGAUGCAGAAUGAGACACAUAAUAUUUAUCUAUCGUCUGCAUUACAGAGCACAGGUUGAGUUCACACUUCUAGAAUACCCCCUGCAUGCAAAAAAAAAUAUUAUCAGGAAAAAUUAGGAGGAGCGUUUAUAAAGACACGAGUUCUCACAUACAUGGACUUCAGGCCCUCAUUAAAUCUGCCAUAGACUAUGAACCAUGCACACAAAGUCACAGAAGGCACAUUUUAAUCAGUGGACAAAUGGUGUGACUUUAAAAACCUGUCGGAAUCUCAAGUGUGUAACUUUUUCCUGAGUACAGAACCGUACUCAUCCUGUUUCAAUACAAAGCUUGGGAGGGCCUCUACAAACCAGCCACCAUUCCACACCGCUCCGUGGCAGCAUACUUGACUAUUAUGAGUUCUCGGGGCUGUGUCAUCUGGCAUUAAGGAUGCAGCUGAGAAUGCUGACUGCGUACAGUCUAUAUUUUACAGGAGCUAAAAUCAGCAAUGCUGUUACAGAGUUGUCUUAGAUGAGUUGGCUUAAGUCUGCCAACUAAUUUUAAUCCACUUCCCAAUGACAGUCUCGACAACCAAUUAACAGCCACAGAAGAAUGAAAGCAGUAUGAUUUGUAAAGACUUUAGUGUAUAAGGACACAACUCAUCUUGAACCAAUUAGGAAAUGAUUUUUCGAAUGGCAAAAAAGUUCAGUCAAGUUUGCUGCGUUGAGGCUGAUCCUGGAUGCUACCCAAACGUCCAUUUAUUUGAGCAUACUCACCACCAUACUCUGCCAAUCAAACCUGUGCUUGAAUUUUAUUGAAUAGGCUCACAUGCAUGCAUGAUCGGAUUACGCUCACUUGUCAAUGAUGCAGUAGGCAUGAAUAGAACACAAGCUGAUAGGGUACUAUCAUUUUACUGUAUAAGUUAACACAUUGCAUUUUCUUUCAUGUUAUGAUCUUCUCUUUUUAAUGUCAUUAUUUAUUGUCAGUCUGUGGGACAGUCAUAGAUGAAUAGCAAACUUUUACAAAUCACACAGAAGAGAAAACACAUCAUUUUAAAAUUAUGUGAUGCUUUAUUCUGUUACUAUGGCCAGUGUUCAGUUUGCAGUUAACUACAGAUUUUAAUCAUUUUUAUCAUAAUGUGCCAGUAAAUGUUGUACCCUUGGGGGGAAAAAAAUAAUUUAAAAAAUGACCUAACACUCUGGAAGGAAAGUUGUAAAUUAGUGUUGGUUGAAUGACACAGAGCCAUACUGCUAGGUGGUGUAUUCAGUUAAGGCACCACAACAUGCUGCAUGCAUAAGGGUACAGGAGGGCUCUGUCUACAGUCUCCCAAAUCGGCAGUGGGGUUAAGUGCUUAAAUGCGGCUGCGGUCGCAAACGUUUGGACGUUCCAAAUUAAGGUGAGAAUUAGACAUGUACAGCCCUAUGUUGGCUGUCAAUAUCAAAUAUAUUUUUUGUUAAUGAGAGUCUCAGUAGGGGUGUACUUGAACCUGAACACCCUAUUCAAAAAUGUACAGAGAAUGUGUCCUUUAUUAAAUAGGUCAGUAUUAUGCCAUGUCUUCUUAUGCGGAGUCUUCUUAUGUGGUCUCUUGGAAAGCCAACAUACAAAAAAUGUCAUUAUGAGAUCCUACUAACAGCUUGUUUGAUUAUUAGUCAACAUAAAUGAUUUAUAGCUAAAAUGAGCCUGCUAAAAAAAGUAAUGCAACACACAUUCCAAUAACUAUUUCAAAUUAAAAUAUGUUCAAUUGCUAUGAA